CGCGGCUGCGCGUUGCGGCGGACGAUGGUGUAGCUGGAAAGUUUGUAUCACUCUUCAUAUUUAUCCCUCGAUAAUGUCGCAUAUCACGGGAGACGGACUCUGUCUGACAUUUUCCUGGUAACGGGGGGAAAAGGAGUGGAGUGGACAUGACCGCUGCAGUGGCUCAGUACCCCACCGAGCUGCCCUGCCGUGGGUCUGGGGUCAGUUUGUACCGGAGCUGAAUGGAGUUUCUGCCAUUGGACUCGGCGUCCUGGCCUAACCACCGCCAAUAAUAACAAAACCAAAGGACAGACUCUCACACGAUGCUCUCUCUCUGACAAGAGAGCACUAAUUCUCAUAUCUGGAUUGGCUUUGACGGUCACCAGCAACCAUGUCUGACCAAAACUACUACUGGACCGUGCUGCCGAGCUACAAAACUAGUUUUGUGACUGGGGCCAUGAUGAAAAGAUCGAAAAGUUCCCGUAACAAGAGAAGGAGUUUGGCGGUUGGGACCCCGUCGCCCACGCUGUCACGGCCGCUGUCACCUCUCCCUCUUGCGACAGCCGGCAGCAGCCCUUCAGAAAGCCCCAGAAAUGUCUCUGCCAGCACCUCUGGCAACUUCCAGUUCGCUCGCAGCCAACUGGCCCGCACUGAAAGCCGAGCGGAUGGGCGACGGUGGUCCGUGGCGUCCGUCCCCACAUCAGGCUACUGCACCAACGCACCCAGCUCAUCGGUAUCAUCCUCCUCUUCCCAGGAGUUGUUGCACCAGUUGCCCUUCCAGCCCACGCAGGAUGAUCUCCAUUUCCUCUUCAAACAUUUCCGGAGCACGGAGAGUGUGGCGGACGAAGAGGGAACCCACCACCCGCCCCCCGUCAGGCUCCGUUCACGCAGUCUCAGCCCUGGACGGACCUGCGGUGUAUUUGACAAUGAGAUUGUCAUGAUGAACCACGUCUACAAAGAACGUUUUCCCAAGGCAACUGCCCAGAUGGAGGGUCAGCUGCUCGACAUCAUUGCCGAGUGCUCCCCAGGCACCGCUCUGCCCCUGGCGGAUGGCGUUCUGGGAUUCAUUCAGCACCAGCUGCUGGAGCUCGCCAGAGACUGCCUGGACAAGUCCCAGGAAGGCCUCGUCACCUCCAGGUACUUCGUGGAGCUGCAGGAGAAACUGGAGAAGCUGCUGCACGAGGCGUACGAGCGCUCGGAGAGCGAGGAGGUGACCAUCAUCACCAAACUGGUCAAGAAGAUUCUCAUCAUCAUCUCCAGGCCUGCUAGGCUGCUGGAGUGUCUGGAGUUUGAUCCAGAGGAGUUUUACCAGCGUCUGGAGGUUGCAGAGGGUCAGGCCAAAGUGGGGCAGGGCAUUAAGACCGAUAUUCCCAAAUACAUCAUCAGCCAGCUCGGACUCAACAGAGAUCCGCUGGAAGAGAUGGUUCAUCUGGAGCAGACGAGUCCCAGUCACAGAGCAGCCAGCAGAGAGUCUGAUGACACAGGAGAGUCAACACCUGUGCAGAGCCGGGCAGCCUGCACCCCUCCUCGAAGGAAACCACUGGAGAGUGACUUUGAGACUAUAAAGCUCAUUAGCAAUGGCGCCUAUGGGGCUGUGUUUCUGGUGCGCCACACGGAGACCCGUCAGCGCUUCGCCAUGAAGAAGAUCAACCGGCAGAACCUGAUUCUUAGGAACCAAAUCCAGCAGGUGUUCGUGGAGCGAGACAUCCUCACCUUUGCUGAGAACCCGUUUGUGGUUUCUAUGUACUGCUCCUUCGAGACCCGGAGACACCUGUGCAUGGUCAUGGAGUAUGUGGAAGGUGGAGAUUGCGCCAACCUGUUAAAAAACAUCGGCCCCCUGCCUGUGGACAUGGCCAGGAUGUACUUCGCCGAGACCGUCCUGGCUUUAGAGUAUCUUCACAACUACGGCAUCGUACACAGAGACCUCAAACCUGACAAUUUGUUAAUUACCUCCAUGGGACACAUUAAGCUGACGGACUUUGGACUGUCAAAGAUUGGUCUAAUGAACAUGACAACUAACUUGUACGAAGGACACAUUGAGAAGGAUACAAGAGAAUUCAUUGACAAACAGGUGUGUGGUACUCCAGAGUACAUUGCUCCAGAGGUGAUCCUGAGGCAGGGCUAUGGGAAGCCUGUAGACUGGUGGGCCAUGGGCAUCAUCCUUUAUGAAUUCCUAGUGGGUUGUGUGCCUUUCUUUGGAGACACACCAGAGCAGCUUUUUGGACAAGUGGUUAAUGAUGAUAUCAUCUGGCCGGAAGGGGAGGACGCUCUGCCAGCUGAUGCUCAGGACCUCAUCACCAGACUGUUGAGACAGAGCCCUCUGGAGCGCCUGGGAACAGGUGGAACAUCGGAGGUGAAGAUGCACACGUUUUUCCUGGGCCUGGACUGGAACGGCCUCCUGAGACAGAAAGCUGAAUUCAUCCCUCAACUGGAGACCGAGGAGGACACCAGCUACUUUGACACCCGAUCAGAGCGCUACUGUCACCUGGGCUCGGACGACGACGACGAAACCAACGAUGAUGAAUCAUCGCUGGAGCUCCGUCAGUUCAGCUCUGUAGCCCACCGCUUCAGCAAGGUGUACAGCAGCACAGAGCACCUGUCCACCUCCACGCCCUCCAACCAGAGCCUGUCGUCAUCGGAGCGGAGCCACAGCGAAGAGAAGGAGGAGCGAUGGGAGGGCAGGGGAGUCCUCUCCCCCGGCGACGGACACAAACACUUGGCUAGUGGAGACAGGAGGGCAGAUGGACACAGGGGGAGUCUCCGUCCUCGUGCUUCAUCCAGUUCUUCGCAGUCAGAGCGCAGCACCAGCCCGCUAGUAAUGAACAGCACCCAGAGCCUGGACAUCAUGCCUCGCUUUGCCAUCCCUGCCGAUGAGGAGGACGGGAUGGUUUCCAACCUGAGGCGCAUUCGUCUCCGGAGUAACAGCACGGGGACCAGGCCAGCUUUCCGGAGAGGGGCGUCGCGACGCAUCGCCCACCAGCUGGAGACGCCAGAAAAACCCAGGUCCUCAUCUGGAAAAGUCCCCAAGUCUGCGUCCGUCUCCGGCCUUUCUCUCAUUAUCACCCCAGAUGACUCAGCUGGUCCUCCUACAAGCCCCAAAUCGUCCCUGUCCCUGUCGUCCAACCCCUCGUCUCGAGACUCGUCCCCCAGCCGGGAUCUGUCCGUCAGCAUCAGCUGCCUCAGGCCUCCUGUGGUCAUCCACAGCUCUGGGAAGAGAUUUGGGUUUGCGCUCCGGGCUAUCAGAGUCUACAUGGGAGACAGCGACGUCUACACUGUCCAUCACAUGGUCUGGAGCGUUGAGGAGGGCAGUCCAGCACACGAGGCAGGACUGAGGGCAGGUGACCUCAUCACCCACGUCAACGGGGAGUCGGUCCAGGGACUCGUGCACACUGAGGUGGUGGAGCUCCUGCUCAAGAGCGGCAACAAGGUGACCCUGCAAACCACUGCACUUGAGAACACGUCAAUCAAGGUGGGCCCUGCCAGAAAGGCGAGCUACAGGGCCAAGAUGGCCCGACGCAGCAAGAAGAGCAAGAAGAAGGACGGACAGGACAGCAGGCGACGUAGCAUCUUGAAGAAGUUAUCAAAGCACAGCCCUGCUCCACCCAUGCAGAGCAGCCGCAGCUUCUCUUCAGGCUUCCACCAGUCGUCUAGCGACAGCCUCUCUGGGUCCCCCACGCAGAGCCUCUCUCCCGGCCCUUCUACGCCGUGUCGCUCUCCCGCUCCUGACCACUCUGGAGAUUCAAGUUCUUCUCCCUGCUCCAGUUCUCCUAACUCGCCCGUACCGCAGGCCCGUCCCAGUUCCCUUCACGUCCUCGGUCGCUACACGAAAGCUGGUCGUUGCAAGUCCACCAGCAGCAUCCCCCCUUCCCCCCUGGCCUGCAUCCCACCGCCUCAGCCCCUCUCUCCGCAGUGCUCUCCGUCCUGCCUCCCGAGUCACCCCAAGUCCCUGCAGGGCUUUCACGGCAAGACGUUGUCCCCUCCCACCAUUGCCCGUCACUCUGUGCGUCCCCGCAGCGCAGAGCCGCCCCGCUCACCACUGCUCAAAAGAGUCCAGUCAGCGGAGAAGCUGACGGGAGACAAGACGACGGGGGGUUAUCACGUGGACAGGAAGGCCUACACCACCCGCCGCCACACCAUGGAGGUGCCUCUGUCCGAGGGGGAGGGCCUGGAGGACGUGGAGGGGGACACCGCCACGGGGUUCGUCUGCGUGGGCGAGCACGGCCGCCAGGGGCUGUUCAUCGGGGGGCAGAGGGGACACCAGGACGCGGCCGGCGGAGGCGGCGGCGAUCACCACCGCCCCACGGCGUCGCCGCAGCACCGCGGCGGGAACCACCACUCCAAGGAAGUGGUGGUGAUGAGGAAGCUGGCUCUGUCAGAGCGGAGGGACUCCUUCAAGAAGCAGGAGGCCGUGCAGGAGGUGAGCUUCGACGACCUGGACGAGAGGGAGGCGACGCCGAGCCCCACGCCCCCGGUCACGCAGCCAAACACGUUCAAGGCGUCCUGGAUCAACACGUCCCAAUCGGAACCCAGCGUGAAGCUGGGGGGAAGAGGCUCACAUGGUACCGCGCAGCAGAGGGCCAAGUCAAAAGACAAAGAAGGGUUUUAGUUUUUCUCUUUGCCAGGGAUAACAACAGGUCAAUGAGGUGAAGCCUUUGACCUGCUACUGUACUCGUUUGAAGGCCUUGCAUGUGCCCAGACAACUGUGACCACGUCUCAAACCGUCACGAAACCGCGGCUUGAAGACAGAAGAACAAAUCGAAAAUCUAUGUUUCUCAGUAAUACAUGCAUCCUGCAACACUGUUAACAGAAUGGUGACAAAAUUAUGUUUACUUCCAAGUUGCUUGUAUUCACUCUCGGUUCUCAAAAUCACUGUGGCACCUGUAACUGAUAUAUUUUGUAAAUAUUUUUGGUUUUAAAUGAAGAAACUUAUUUAUGACUUUUUACGCUCACCUUGGUUUAGUUUUGUUUUUUGUUUUUGUUUUGGUUGCUGAAAAUGCUUUGGACGCUUCAGCUUUUUUUAAGUUCAGGAAUCGCACAAGAGAAAAGCCAGGCAACAACUUCUGAGUGUGGCGGGUCCUGAUGAGGAGAGGUAAAAUAUUAGUCGACAUUGUAACAUUUUUUUUUUUUUUUUUUAUACCGCAGUGUGUAUGUGAGAGUCUUGUUUCGUGUUCAGAUUAGAUCUUUGAAACAAACUUACAGUGUCUAUCCUGCACCAAAUGUAUUAUAAAUUCCACAACAUAUUCUGCGCUGCCUCUCAGAAGAGAAAUGUCAUGAAGAUUGUCGUAGUAGGUUCGUCGUUUUCAAAAUACAAGGGCGUUAUAUAGGGAAAAAAAAACACAUCAGCGUCACAAUACUCAGUAGCAUAGGAGUGGUGCCAAAGCAUGGGUUAGCCAUAGGAACCAGUUAAAAAGGGGAAGUGUAGUUGUAUAUAAGAAGCUUCUUGUAUGCAUGGGCUCUACUGCCACUUUCUGUCUGUCCUGUAAAAAGUCCUCCUGCUGCUCUCACGACCACACGCUGACCAACACGCUGGUGUGUAGAUAAAGCUUCGAUAGGCUACCUUCGGGAUAAACAGGCUGUUGUGUCUGCCGUCUAACGGCUUGUUGAAUCAAGUCUCCGUCCAGCUCCUUACAAACAUAAUCAAUCCCAAGUGUUUGCACAAGUCGUAGUAGCCGCCUAACCGUUGGAGCGCGCGGAUAUUUCAGGACGAUCUCGCUCCGUGCGAUUCAGUACUUGUACAGUGGAUGCAACAAACAAACAAACCUGACUCACUUGGCUGUUUUUAUUAAGCGUAUCACGAAUGAAUGUUUACAUUUUAUCGGAAAGUUUUGUGCGUGGACUUAAAUUAUUAGGGGGAAUAAAAGAAUGACAGGGAGCGGCAGAGUUCAGCCAGGAGUCCUGAGCGGGUGAAGGAACGAGUCAAAGGUGAUCUCCUUUUGUAUAUUUUGAUAUGGAUACAGUCUUGUUGCAGUACUAAUAACCAAUGCUGUUGAUGUAUAUUGUAACAAUGGUGGACCUUAUAACAGCUGUCAAUGGUGUUUUUUUUUUUUUGUUUUUUUUUUUAACAAGUGACCUUGUAUGUAGAUGGACAGACUCGGAUCGAGUGACACGAGUGACAUGAACCUAACCCAAUCUGCAAUCUGAUUCAAAGGAGUUUUCUAACAUUUUGGGAAACGGAUAAGCCUCGAAUUAGCUUGAGCUUUUAGCUGAGUCCUGUGAUGAAACAACCACGACUUGAUUUUUGGUUAUGCAUUAUUUGAUUCAUUUUUGUUUAAUUCAGAAACCGUUUGGAUCAGCACCUGAAAGUCUUAUCAGAUGAAACGGUUCCACAGAGGGACUUGUUGUCCUCCCGGUUGUAUGAAGGCUCACGUUUUUGUUUUGCAGUUCGGGGGUGUAGAUCGUGUGGGUUCAAAUGAUGUGUUAGACCAUUUUUCACUGUACUGUAUGGAGAAAAAAAAAAAAAAAACGUUUGUGUAUGUGGGAUUUAUCACUGAAUUUCUGAUGCAAUAUACAUCUUGAUGUGUUUAUACCGUAGGAGUUGAUCUUUUCAUUUUGCGCACACCCCAAACCAAACAGAAAACCAACCCCCUGACCUUAUGUCGUAUCUGCAUGUUACACUUUUGCCUGAGGCCUCAGCAGCAGUCCAUACCAACAGUUCGUCAUCCGUCGUCAGAUGAAGCGUCGCGUCUUCACACGAGUGCAACUGACAUGUUUUCCCGCGCGUGUGUUAAAUGAAAUCCCGUUGCUCUCCAUUCGACCCUCUUCUCCCCAAACUGGCCUUUGUGAAGCGCCUACCAUGUGGGUAUCUGGUGCAGACUGGUGUGACAGUGUCUGUUUGCUCUUGUCUUAACAGUGCUUGAAAUAAAUGAAUUGCAGAGGACUAGAAAGUCCAGAACCACAAA